UGCGCGCUAAUCAAGCGAUGCCAACAAGUGUUUGGACAUUAAUCCAAAAGCACGCAGACUCCACGGGAUCCUUAUUUUUUUGGGGGGCGCACAAUGCAUUUCUGUCACAUUGGCUUGACUUUGCUGAUGCUCGUGGCUCCAGCGUCCCCGGGCGAGCAGCAGCAGACGCUGCAGUCCUCCGCCGGGCCGGAGGACCCCUCGGAGCCGUGCUCCACCUGCGACGUGCGCCAGCAAAUCAAAAGCAUGCGCCUGAACGCCAUCAAGUCGCAAAUCCUGAGCAAGCUGCGCAUGAAGGAGGCGCCCAACAUCAGCCGCGACGUGGUCAAGCAGCUCCUGCCUCGGGCGCCCCCGCUGCAGCAGCUGCUGGACCAGUACGACGUCCUCGGGGACGACAACCGCGACGCGGUCGCGGAGGACGACGACGAGCACGCCGUCACCGAGACCGUCAUGAUGAUGGCCACGGAACCUGAGCCGGCGGUCCAAGCGAACGGCUUGCCGAAAUGCUGCUUGUUCUCCUUGGCCCAAAAGUUCCAAGCGAGCCGCAUCUUCCGGGCCCAGCUAUGGGUCCACCUACGGGCGGCCGAGGAGGCCACCACCGUUUUCCUGCAGAUCGCCCGCCUGACGCCGGCGUCCAACGGCGGCGGCCGGCACGUGCGUAUCCGCUCGCUCAAGCUAGACGUGAACGCCGGGACGAGCUCUUGGCAGAGCAUCGACGUCAAGCAAGUGCUGAGCGUGUGGCUGCGGCAACCCGACACCAACUGGGGCAUCGAGAUCAACGCCUACGACAACAGAGGGAACGAUUUGGCCGUCACUUCUGCCGAGCCCGGAGAGGAAGGACUGCAACCAUUCAUGGAGGUGAAACUGAACGAGGGCCCCCGGCGUGCCAGGAGGGACUCGGGCCUGGACUGCGACGAGAACUCCCCGGAAUCGCGCUGCUGCCGCUACCCUCUCACCGUGGACUUUGAGGACUUCGGCUGGGACUGGAUUAUCGCGCCCAAACGCUACAAGGCUAACUACUGCUCAGGCGAGUGCGAAUACAUGCACCUGCAGAAGUACCCGCACACCCACCUGGUGAACAAGGCCAACCCCCGAGGGAACGCCGGCCCCUGCUGCACCCCCACCAAGAUGUCGCCCAUCAACAUGAUCUACUUUAACCGCAAAGAGGAGAUCAUCUACGGCAAGAUCCCGUCCAUGGUGGUGGACCGUUGCGGCUGCUCUUGAGCCCCGCCCCCCACGAUAUGAGAGAGAGUAGGGAGCUGUGCAGGGGGGCCACUGCUCUACAAAUCCUUUCGCCCAAAAACACAGAUUCCAGUAUUUUUCCUGGUGCAAUACAACCGCAGUAGAGGCCCCAAUAAACCGAAAGCUUUCACAUGUGGCAUACUGUCGCUUCGGUUCACUCCUCCGGGAGGAAAUGUUAGCCAUAGACAAGUGUUUCCCAACCUUUACUGAGCCACAGCACACAUUUUUACAUUAGAAAAAUCUCACUGCACACCACCAAACAAAAACGUCACAACCAACACACACAGACACACACACAAAGCUUCUCUCAGUCAAGAUGGAUCACGUCAACUUACUUCCUCGACAUCAAUUACUAGAUUACCUUCCUAUUCAGACACGGCUUCGGUGGGAUGUUGUGAUACCUUUCGUAUUUUAGUAAAGAGCAAUUCAUGAAUAGCGACCCGAGGGGAUGACUAAAUAACGAUUAUCUGGUCUCCAUUUACUCCAAAAUUGACUUACUCAGUGCAUGUUUGCCAUGAUUUACUCUGUUGUAUGAAUGGCAACAAGUGGAUACGCAGGUUAAUUCUCUACCUUCUGCCAUCAAGUAGAUAUACAGUAGUAUUUGCAGUAAAUAGUAAUUUAGUGAAAUUGGAAAAUUUUCCCCGGCACAGUGGUUGGGAAUCACUGCCAUAGAGGCUUUAAAUGGCAGAUGGAUGCAAGAACACACAGACACGCGCACCUUUCUUUCUUUCUCACACAUACUGUACACACGCAGGCAUGCACGCACACACACACACGCAACAACACACACGUGAAUGUAGACAAAAAGGAAAAGCUUUUUUUCUUUUUUUGACUCGACAUUCUUUAAUACAAUUAAAAACACGCACACCAGUAGAAUACACUGUGUUCCAAAUUAUUAGGCAUAAGCUGUUUUGGUUCAUUUUUCUAAAUAGGUAAUUUUUACAGUUAAAAAAAAAAAAGAAUUAUCAUCAACAAUUAUAUUAGCUUUGAUAAUAAUACAAUAUAAUUUUGCAGGAUUACUCAAAAUAGCGCUCCAUGCAUAACAAUAAAUAGGGUGGGAAAAACUUGCAUUUCUGUAAAUUUCUUUUUUUGCAUUUCUUUACAUACAGUACAAAUCAGUUUUUAAUAAAAUGAAUGCUAUUUUGACCCCCCCCCCCCCAAAAAAAAAACAUCUUUAGCGAUCAAGUAAAUAUAGGAGCCCCUCUUUGAAAUCCCCUGCACAACUCUCUCAUCCAUUGAACUUGUAAAUCCAUAGUUAAGUUUCUGCCUGGAUCUGCCAUCCACCUUCCCCAGGUUCUCAAUAGAGUUGAAGCUAGGGGAUGAUGGUGGCUACAGCAUGAAAUUGUUCUUCCUUUUAAACCCACAGUCCACAAACAGUUGAGUUGAGGUGACUACUCCACCAGCGACAUAAAAAAGGGAACUCCACACCUGAGAUUUAGAACUCAAGCAGCCUUUUGGAUUAGAGGUGUACUGUCAUCAACAAGCAAGAGUCCAGUUGCCUCCAUUCAAUUUUUUGCAGAUUACCAUGAAUGAUACGGAUGACUGAGAAUGUACAUGGGCAUAUUCAUACGUGUAAACAUACCUACCACGUGUACCCCUAAAUGCCAUUGGAAGUAAAAAGUUCCUUUUUUAAGAAGUCGUAUUGUUACAA